UACCUUAGUGCAGUGUGUGAAAGCGGAGUUGUUCUAAGCAAAGGUGGCGGCCAUCGUAGCUUUCACUUCAGGAGAUGUGGGCGGUUAUAGUCGGUCGCGCUCUUGUGACUGACGCACUCUGGAGUAACCAAAAACGCGGCGACUACGUUCUGUCCGAGCUCAACUUGUGCGAGCCAAGCAUGUGCAAUGGUGGUCCUAGUUGGCACGGGGUUGUGCAGGGACACCUGCUGCAUGAAACUUGUCACUCUCCUGCUGCUGCACGUUGUCGGUGGAGUUCACUUUCCCAGCAGCGGUGCCGCCGUCAAGAGGGCGGCUGACAUCGUUAUCGUGGUGGAUGGCGGCGCCAGCGACGGACCGCUCCGAUCUCGAGGUGUGUACUCUCCUUGCACUCACCACGGCAACUGCUCCGACUACAACGCCAUAUGCAACUUCACCUUGCAGCUGUGUGUGUGCCCUGGAGGAUACAGAUACAGUGACCAUUAUUGCAGGUACAUGGGUGGCCCGGCGGACAACGUUGGCAUCUACCAGGUGACUCUCGUUGUGGCUGCUGUCUUCAUGGUUGUUGUGUUUUCGGUAUUCGUCGCUUGCGUUGUCAAGAGGACGUGCGAGCGUUCCAGGGAGCUUGCAGAGAGGAUGCGAGAGCUGUCCGCAGAUGUGUACACGGUCCCCGCUGAGUUCGAGGGCUUGGAGAGGCCGCCUUCUUACACUGAAAUUGUCAAGAUCGACAACAUGGUGUACGGCGUGCCACCACCCGCCUACUCGACUCAGCCGACAGACCUCGAAGCGCCUCCACGGUUGCCGCAUCUUGUGUGGCUGGCGGCCUCUCGAACGCCGCGUGUCGAUGGCGAUUGCUCCGUUGCACACGGAGGAUGUGCAACAUGAACUUGCCGUUCCUCGAUCGAGCUCCGAGUCAGUGAUGCUGAAGGCACGACGCAGCUUUUAGCUUAGCAUAAUGCCCUCUCGAUCGAGCCUGACGGAACGACUUCCUGCUGAAUAAUUUUAGUAGCCUUAAUUAUCAGGUGUGCGAAUAUUCGAAAAAUUAGAAUCGCAGCCUCUAGCGCGCACCAAAUAAUUUUCGAAUAUUCGUACCGAUGGGAAAGCCACAGAAGAGUGAAGCGUUUGGAACAACAGGGAUCCCUUUUUUGUUGUUGUUUAAGCAUGAUUGAUUAGCCAAACUGCAUGCAACCCACUUGACUUCCUGCGGGAUUGUUGGUGCUACAUUGAUCGCUGGAUUAUGUCGUCCUUGGUUAAAACUUGAAUACUCUAGUCACCGCGGUAUUUAUUCUUACGGUUAUAAAAUAUCUCGGAACGCUCUAGUCGCUUCUGUAUUCUAGCUUACUUCACUUAAUUGUGGUAUUUUUGUUUGUCUAUAAAAAGGCAACCGUAAUUUUACGUUGGUAAAAUUUGCGAAUAUCUGCUUUAAAUAAAAUGAUGUGCAAUUCUAGGGAUGUCUUCGAAAUGGCUCUCUUGCUAUUCAGGCAGCGUUAGUUUCAGUUCCAACAUUCACUAUUCACGAAUCCCCUACUGAUCAGCCGUUGUUCGUAUGCCGAGAGCUACGAGCAUCGUCACAAACGUGCUGCUUCAAGAAAGCCCCGAGGAAGCUUGCGAGACCGCAUAUUGUCGUGCAUCGAAGACUCAGCCGAUUUCUUCACAUAUUGUGGCUGCUAAUUGUUUUGUCAUUCGUGAGCGUGACACCUUGUUGUGCUUUAUAUUAUGUUUUCUGAAGCUAUAAACCAUAAAUAAAGAUGUGACAUUAAUCAGAAGUCGCAA